AUGAAGCGGCCACCUCAUACCGUCCAGUAUUAUUAUGCUUCGUUGGUGCUGUUGGCGCUGCUACUUGCGCCACUUCAGUGCCGGGGUGCGUUAGCACCCUCGAGCACAAUUUUUGUAAAUAGCAUAGUUCCUCUGAUAAGCAACAUUAGUGUAAGUGUACCGAUAAGUUCCGAUAACCACCAAGUGCCUGGGGUGACGAUAUCUUCACCCACAUCAUCGCCGUCCGCGCCAGUAUCAUCGACGGCACCUGGCUUUGGGGUCACGCCAGUGGCAUCCCUAGCGAACCACGGUGAAUAUGGCAUUCAGGAGUUGACGAAAAUGCUGGAAAACACAUUCGAGCACAUCCGCAACGAAGAGCUCGACGUGGCGAACGUGCAGAAACUGUACAACAACCUGGAAAUCACAACCACAACGCGCGAUGACGUCGAGCUGCUGGAAAGGAUCGCCCAAAAGUUAUCCAGGAAGCUUGAUCAAACGAUCUCGGUGAUCGAAGAGCUGCGACGGUUCAUCCAGCAAACCGGCACGAAGUACAGCGCCAAGUACAACACCCUACUCAACCCGUGCCCGUACAGCGAGCACAUCAACCCGUGGGAAGACGAUGCUCCGUUCGAUCUGCAAAGCUUCAUCCAGAGCACGAAGUUGUCCAAUGUUUCAGCGAGUCGGCAGCAACCGCUGGCAGGCGAUCCGGGUCUGGGAACCAGCGGUGGCUCCGGAAGCUCUGGUACCGCGGGCGGGUUCCUCGAUUUCAGUGCCUUCCCGGCAAACGCGGACUCUGAUCGGCCACGGAUACGCAUCACUGAUCAGACGAUCGACGACAAUAAUGCGAAUCUGCAGCAGCUAUUUGCCGAGCAGAGUGCGCUCAUGGACGACAAUUAUGUCAGCUACCGACAGCAGUUCUUUCUGUCCUCGUUGGACCAUGCGAGAGCUUACAAGUGUCACUAUUACCCGCGAGACAGUCGGUUGAAGGCACUUUACCUGUCUGCCGUGCGCAACAAGCACGUGAUGAUACUGCUCGAUGUCGGCAACACGAUCACAUUUGAUCAGCUCGAGGUGGCGAAGGCGAUCAGCAAGUUUGUGCUGUAUCUGCUCAACGAGAAUGACCGCGUGUCGGUGGCUGCAGUAGGGCAGCGUGUCGUUACGUCGGAAGAAUUCUUCGACUGUCACAGAUCGGAUCGGUUCGUGCGUGCGACUAUGGACGAAAAGGAGCGGUUGGUGGAGUUCAUCGAAUCGCGGAACCGCACGAAACAGGCGACGGAUCAUGCGGCUGGGUUUCGGUACGCGUUUGACGCAUUCAGCGACAUCUACCGAAUGCACGACGAUGAGGUACCAGUGGUGUUCCUGUAUCUUGGGCGUGCCCUUCUUCCAUCGGGUUCGCCGCUGGCGAAGAGCAUCUUGCAAACUAUUCACGACGGUCAGACACGCCUGCCUUACCCGGUGAUUAUCAACAGCUGCUUAAUUUUGUUGGAUGAGCGCGAGGUUUCCCAGGAGAAGCAACUUAUUGUGGACAUCAGCACACAGAACUACGCCCGGUACAACCUCUCGCAGGUCAUCUAUCCCGCCGGGAAGAUGGUCAUGAUUUCGAAGCACUCAUUCGACGCACAGCGAUUUAUCGUGGCGCUGAUGGAACCGUUUUUGAGCGCAGCUCGGUUCAUCGAAGAGCAUCUGCGGGUACACCUACCGUAUUACGAUCCGGCACUGCAGGACACGGUCGUGACGGUGAGCUAUCCGGCUGGAACGCACGGGCUCGUUGGGGUUGACCUUUACUUGAGUGAUCUGGCCGAGCAUGUCGCUUACUACCGGCAGCAGGACGAUUCGUACGCAUUUCUGAUCGAUCUGCAAGGUAACACGAUCAUGCAUCCAUCCUUCCCGCGCCCGAUAGCUGCCCGAGGGAAUUUCUUCGUCACCAAUAUCACCCGGUUAGAGCGUGAGCAUUUCGCUCCGGCCUAUAAACGGAUGCUUGCCGAUCCGGAGGGGAAUUUGCGAAUCAACCACUACGGUACGAACCGUACCACAAUGUACUACUGGAAGCGGGUGCAUUCGUACAUCGUUUGUAUCGUACGUACGUUGAAUGUGGACGCGGAACAAUCCUUCGAUACGGACGGGUCCAGCUUUUACGCCGCCUCAAGCACCACGGCGCAGAACAUGUAUCCUUUGUCUGGAAGUGCUGGUGGUGGAAGCAAUGUGGAGUACAAUUUCAUCGCAGCCAGCAGCAGCACAACACGGAACCUUCUGUCGAUGCUGCUCCACCAUCGGAUUGACAUCUAUCCUCCCCAGCAACAACGGCCUUCAGCCGAUCUGUUGCAAUCCGGAAGCGACGGAUCGAUGUGCCGACUGGUGAAGCAACUGGCCGUGGCCGACGCAAGCACGUUGUAUCUAAGUGCGUCCUCGUUUCAGUCACCGUUCGCCCACAUUAGAAAUAACCGCGAGGGCACUAGCGAAGAGGACAACGUGAGGACGAUACAGAACAUCAUGGCUUACAUGAAGGACACGUACGGGAAGCUGCUGUUUGCCAACCCGGGUCUCCAACCGGACGUUCGUAGCGAUGUGCUAGCGCUUCUGCAGAUACUUUACGACUACCGGCUGCGUCACGCCCAGAGCAAUCUCAGUCGGUACGUCGUGAGACGUUAUGCCGCCACCGUGAACGGAGUGCUGCAAGUAUUCCCUGGCGGUUUGCUUGACACCGAUCUCGAACCAACCAAGCGGCCGUGGUUCGUGAAAGCGAUGGAAUACCCCGGACGGAUGGUGGUAACGCAACCGUAUCUGGAUGCUGGUGGCGCUGGUUACGUUGUCAGCGUCGCAUAUGCAAUCUUCGAGGGACAAUCGGCAGGAACGUCUUCCGGCAGUGCGGAUCACCGGGCUAUAGCCGUUGUAGCGGUAGAUUUUACACAGGCGUUCUUCUAUAAGCUGCUGUUGGACUCCGCGGCCGUCUGCAGUAUGGAAAACAUCAAGUGCUUCCUGAUGGAUGACCGCGGCUACCUGGUGGCGCAUCCGAUGCUUGCGGAAGCGUCACUGAGACCGGGAAACACGCGUCGUACCGUGGAGCACAUAACGCACAAGGAAUCGCAGGUCGCGAACGACAUUCUCAACCACAAGCAGUUGGUCACGAAGAAAAUGUGCUACAACUACGUGAACCGCACCGUGCAGCGUUUCUACCAGUUCAAUAUGAGCCUCGCAGUGGACGAAGUUAUCACUAAUCUGUUGUACGGUGAGAAAACAAAGUAUCAAAUAAUGCUGAUUCCGGGCACGAAUCUGUUCCUUGGCAUCGUCAAUUCCACCAACGAUGGGGGUGCUUUCUGUCCGUGUAGUACGGUCGGUAACUCCUGUCUCAAUUGUAAUCGCAUGGAGCAAACGGAAUGCGAGUGCCCUUGUGAGUGUCCUCUGGAGUAUGGUUGGGCCGAUGGGGACAGUGGUGCUAGUGGGUGUUCGGUGCAGCCAAAACGAAUAAAAUUGGCAGGAAACCUUCCGGUCCCACUCUGUUCACCUUUGCCCGAAGAAUUGAUAUCGAUGAGUGCUAUUAACUACGACACGGACUACGAGUUGAAGAGCUGCACUGGUAUCAAUUGUGAAGACUACACGACCCAGAACGAGUGCUUAGGUUUGGUUGGUUGCGAAUGGUGCCAGAUAGAUGUGGACGGAGAAAACAAGUUAAGCACGCCAUUCUGUACGGCGCAGUUGGCCUGUUUCAACGGCGUUUUCGGAGCACCAACGCCUUACGGUGAUGCAGCGUACACAGGCAAUAACAUGGAAUCGAUCUUACCGCCAGCCUACAGUUCAAUUGGGCCCGUUGCCGGAGCCAUUUUGGCGCUUUGUCUAGUGGUCGGGUUCGCGAUGUACUGCUUCCGGCAGAAUACCGACCAGAGCGGAGCGUCCGAUCAACUGUAUGACGAUCUGGUUGCAGACCUCUGCCACGGGUUGCCAUUGUCCCGCUUUGAUCUAGAUGAUGGAAGUCCGUCAGACGACUGCGACAUUGGUCGCACGAAUGCCAAGCAGAAUCUACUGUUGAACGGUCAGCACAACGCGAACUACAUGAUCAUCCCGAACGUGGCUUCGCCGUAUCAAAUGUCCUCGGACUAUCGCCGCCCAAAUGGCGGCGGUGGCGGUGGUUCAUCCGAUCAUGGUUACUCCACCAUGACGCACCACGAGGAAUCCGAGCAUCUGUGUUUAUCGAACGUGGAUCCUCAGGGCAUCCCUACGGCUCACGGAAGCGGAGGGCAUGGUGCUAGCGGUAAGCGGCACUCCAUAUCGGACAGCGCGUCGAUAAGCACGUCCGUUUCAAGCCCGUACAGCAACCACACUGGAGGUGCCGGAAGCUCGUUCCUCUCGAAACCACCGAUGGUGGGCGAGGCGAAAACGUUCGGUACGAUCGCGGAUCGGUUUACGGAUCCGUCGAUGCAAUCGUUACUUCCCUCUCCGACGUCCGUCUCAAGAACGGGUGUGCUUGGGGCGACGGUACUGCCACCGGGCUCACCCGUUGCCAGCCCUCCCAGCGGGCACCACAUUCUCGUCCCUGUGACCGUCCAUCGAAAUAUGGAGGUUUCUUAGGUGCGAUGCGGUGAUGCACUUACUCUGAAAGGUAUCUUUUGUCACCUUUCAAUCUGUGUUAAGGAUUGUUUGUAAAGAUUUCC